AGAUGGCAUAUAGAGAGGGAGGGUGUUGACUGUUGGCAUUUGGUCAUCAAUGCAUUGGUUUAGCCAUUAUAGAAUGGUUUUCUGUGCAAGGUUUGGCCAUGGGCAGGCAUAUUUAAACCAAAGCUGGCGCCAAGUUUCAAACCCUAUGCCUCUCUGUCUCAAGUUCCUCACUGGUCAGUUGGGCAUCCCAAAACCAGCAUCCUCCGGCCACUUGUCACCCUCUUCACGCAAUUGGCACUCUCCUUUCAGACCCCUAUUCUUUCUUCAUGGCCUUUCAUCCCUAUCUCUACAAUCCAACCCCAAGGCGUUUCUUGACGCGUUUAUCUUGCUCUAACACCUGGGCUGUUUCGACUGGCAGCACCUUGCACUCUCCAUAACCCUUCCUAACCAAUUUUACCUUCACUAGAAAUCAAAACACCUACUUAAACACACACCCCCAUACACACCCACACAAACACAGGUUUCUCUCUGAUUACUUGCACAGCUCCGAAGACUCAUCAUUCACUCUCUGCCCAUUUUGAUAAUAUGGAGAACGUUUUUCCCACUUUAUCAACCAGCUCAGGCAACACCACCACUACCACAAAUGCUAGCUCAGUAAUGAUGGGCUGUCCUCAGAAUUCCCCGCUCUCCUCUAUAUAUGGACCAAGCCACCCUUCAAUAUCUUCAAGCUCAUUAACUCACUCAAACUAUUUUGCACCACAGUACUAUACGACACCGCCUUGUGAAACUACGCAAUUUCCAUCUACACAUGCUCUAGACCAGCGUAGCCAGUAUACACCAGCUCCAGAUCCUUUCUAUCCUGUCAUGGUUGGCCAAAAUGCAAUUGAAAUGCAAAGAUCGUGCAUUUUGCAGCCUAAUGCGUUGCAAUUAGAGCAAGAAAGGAGAGCUCUAGAUGCAUACAAGACCAAGGUGGCAAGGUGCAUGAGAAAACUUGCACGCCAAAGAAGGCUUGGUAAAGCUUCUUCUGGAGCUAGUUCGACUAGAAUAAUGGAUGCAAGUAGAUUGGCUUUGCAUGGUGCUAGUACUGGUGGCCAAAACUGCAGGACCAACAGUGCUAGCAAAGAUCUUUACGAGUUCCUAACACCAGAUAACAAGAAACUGAGAGCGUUGCUUAGAAAAGACUUGAAGAAUAGUGAUGUUGGGUCUCUUGGGAGGAUUGUCCUUCCGAAGAGAGAGGUAGAGGAAAAUCUUCCUCCUCUGCAUGAUAAAGAAGGAAUCCUACUUGUGCUCAGAGAUAUAUACUCCAACCAAGAGUGGGGUUUAAAGUUAAAGUUUUGGACUAACAACAAAAGUAGGAUGUAUGUUCUUGAAAAUACAGGAGAAUUCGUUAAGCGACAUGGGCUGGAGACUGGAGAUUCCCUUACACUUUACGAGGAUGAGAGCAAGAAUCUCUAUUUCUCGAUCACAAAGGUGCAGAGACCAGAAUCAGCCCUAGCUCAAACACCACCCCCUAGGAGCCACAACUGUAACCACCUGACAGAACAUAUGUGGCAAGAUGGGGAUGAAGAAUAUACAUCUUUAGCAUUACUGACAGAACAACUUGAGAAUAAAGAACAAGAAGAAGCUAACAGCCUUGGAGCUGUGCCUAUGGACUUUUCUUGUUCAUAUACAAACGAACUAGAACUUAACAACAAUCCUUUCAACAACUUUAGUACCUAUACCCAACCAGCAUCUGCAGCUAUGCAAACUUCUCCGCCAAAUGGUAAAAUGAAGGCGGUAGAUGAUUCUCAUGACGUAGAUGACUGCUAUACUGGUCUUGGUAUGCUCCCUGAUGUCCAUAGCUACAAUUUUUCGCUAUGAUCAUUAGAAUAUUAUUAACAAUAGCUAUCAAGAUUCAUGACAUAAAAGAAGAUGGGGUUACAGCAGUUUGUCAAAGCAUGGUCGGUGCAACUAAAAGGUUGAGUAAUCAGUUGUUGAUAGUAUACUGAUACAUUCAUUUUUAACAAGGGUAUUGGAUAUUAGAAGUUUCUUUGUUUUUUUUUUUUAGACGAGGAAAAGGAAGAGCAAGAAAAGAAAAGGAGAAGAAAUUUGUAUUACUUGUAUGUUUGAGGAUUUUUUCUGUAAU